AUGGGACUGCGAGGGUCGAAAAAACCAGAAGCCCAAGUUCUCCUCCUGGGCCUGGACAACGCUGGGAAAACGACUCUCCUCUACAAACUGAAACUCAACGCGUGUGUCACCACCGUUCCCACGAUCGGCUUCAACGUGGAAAUGCUCGAGGCGAGGAAGAACGGGAAGAAUAUCGCCCUAACCGUGUGGGAUGUCGGUGGCCAGGGGAAGAUGCGCGAGCACUGGCCGAGUUUCCACCCGGACGCGGCGGCUGUCGUGUUCGUCGUGGACAGCUCGGGCAGGGAGCGUCUGGAGGAGGCGCGCAGGGAGCUGGAGAACACACUGAAGAGUGAGCUGCUGCGGGGCCGACCGCUGGUUCUCCUCGCCAACAAACAGGACGUGAACGGCGCUCUGACUGUCACGGAAAUCAAGGACACGUUUAGCCUGAGGAAGAUGUGCUCGGGGCGGGAUUGGUUCGUUCAGCCUUGUUCCGCCUCGACGGGAUUUGGAGUUGAAGAAGCCUUCAGGCGAGUGGUCCAAAUGGUCAAAUGA